CCUCAAUAAUUGUUGCAAGACCCGCGUCCGAAUUCAAACUUAAACUCUCGCGCAUUGGCAGCACUGUCAGCCAAUCGCGCUCUCCCAACGGUACUCAACCAUUGCUACCUUGUCUGCCGUGCGCCAAGUGCGGGAGAGAAAACGUGGAUAUAACUGUUCGGCGAGAGAGCAUUGAAAAAGUAUCAGAGAAAUAGGGUUAGUCUGCUGGGGAGCCGCCAGUCUGUUCAAUCCCGUGCUGGCAAAUCCAAUUUCACGGGGAGGUGGUGAUUGUUAUCCGCCAACGACAACACCAAACGCACCAGGAUGAGUGGAAUACUCAAGAUCUCGUGUCUACUUGCGAGACAACCGAGUCGAACUGUGAAUAAAUUGGGCAUAUCCGUAGUCACGAAUCGCAAGUUCCACUACACGCCAGAGGGAAAAUUUGCGAGUGUGUCAACGGGAAUUUCAAAGGAAUAUCCAGUGGUUGAUCACACGUAUGACGCCGUUGUCGUUGGCGCCGGUGGUGCUGGGCUGCGUGCAGCCUAUGGGCUCGUUGCCGAGGGCUUCAAAACAGCUGUUAUCACCAAACUCUUCCCAACGAGGUCGCACACUGUGGCUGCACAGGGUGGCAUAAAUGCUGCACUUGGGAAUAUGGAGGAGGACAACUGGCAGUGGCACAUGUACGACACGGUCAAGGGCUCGGACUGGCUCGGAGACCAGGAUGCCAUUCAUUACAUGACCAGGGAGGCACCCAAGGCUGUCAUCGAGUUGGAGAACUGCGGAAUGCCUUUCAGUCGCACUUCAGACGGUAAAAUUUACCAACGAGCGUUCGGCGGCCAAUCCCUGAAAUUCGGCAAAGGGGGUCAGGCCCACAGAUGCUGCUGCGUGGCAGACAGGACAGGCCACUCCCUCCUGCACACCCUGUACGGCCAGUCCCUGAGCUACGACUGCAACUACUUCGUCGAGUACUUCGCGCUGGACCUCCUGAUGGAAGAGGGCGAGUGUCGCGGAGUGAUAGCGCUGUGCCUGGAGGACGGCUCGAUCCACCGAUUCAAGGCCAAGAACACGGUCCUGGCGACAGGUGGCUACGGUCGCGCCUACUUCUCCUGCACCUCCGCGCACACCUGCACGGGCGACGGUACGGCGAUGGUGACACGAGCAGGAUUGCCGAACCAGGACCUGGAGUUCAUUCAGUUCCACCCAACGGGGAUCUACGGGGCAGGCUGCCUGAUCACGGAGGGCAGCCGAGGAGAGGGCGGCUACCUCGUGAACAGCGAGGGCGAGCGUUUCAUGGAGCGCUACGCCCCAGUGGCCAAAGACCUCGCCUCUCGAGACGUCGUGUCGAGGUCCAUGACCAUUGAAAUCCGAGAGGGUCGAGGGGUGGGCCCCGAGAAAGAUCACAUUUACCUCCAGCUCCAUCACCUGCCCCCGGAGCAGCUGGCAGCUCGACUCCCCGGCAUCUCGGAGACUGCUAUGAUCUUCGCUGGAGUCGACGUCACCAGAGAGCCCAUCCCAGUGCUGCCCACUGUGCACUACAACAUGGGGGGAGUGCCAACGAACUACAAGGGGCAGGUGCUGACCACGAAAAAUGGAGAGGACUCGGUCGUCAGGGGUCUCUACGCCUGCGGCGAGGCUGCCAGUGCAUCGGUCCACGGCGCCAACCGACUCGGCGCCAAUUCCCUCCUGGAUCUCGUGGUGUUCGGGCGGGCGUGUGCCAAGACGAUCGCUGCGGAGAACAAGCCAGGGGAGAAAAUUGGAAGCCUCAGCACUCACGCGGGUGAAGCCUCUGUGGCGAAUUUGGAUAAAGUGAGGCAUGCAAAUGGCUCCAUUUCCACGGCCGAGUUAAGACUGAAUAUGCAGAAGACCAUGCAGACACAUGCGGCUGUGUUCCGGGAGGAGGCGACCCUCCAGGAGGGCUGUCGCAAAAUGUCGGAUCUCUUCAAGAAGCAGAGUGACAUUAAAGUCACCGAUCGAUCCCUCGUGUGGAACUCGGAUCUCAUUGAGACUCUCGAGCUGCAGAACUUGAUGCUCAAUGCCAUGCAGACGAUAUUCGCUGCUGAGAACAGGAAGGAGAGUCGUGGGGCCCACGCCAGGGAGGACUUUAAGAACAGAGUUGAUGAGUUUGAUUACAGCAAGCCAAUUGCUGAUCAACAGCCUAAACCCGUGGAUCAGCACUGGAGGAAGCACACGCUGACGACGAUGGACAACGAAAAAGUGACGAUCAACUACAGACCGGUGAUAGAUCAUACGCUGGAUGCUCAGGAGUGUGCGACGGUUCCCCCGGCGAUUCGUUCGUAUUAAGAAAUGAAAAUAGUCUGGCAAGCUUUAUUUUCACAAUUUUCACUGUAGAUAGAACGAAAAACAACUGGUUUCUCCUUCCUCGGGGUGAUCGAGCUGUAAAAUACCAAAAGUAUGGUCCCCACUCUCACAUCAAAGCACAUUUUUCUUUGCUCAUGAAGAAAUAGUCAGUCUCUUUUAUCGAAGCUGUUUGUUGUCAGUUAUCCUGGUGUUUUUUUUCUCAUGUUGGCGAAUAUACUUGAUGCAUUGUGUGAGACAACUGAUGCUGAGAUUAGUCAUGCUAACGAUCUCAUAAAAUAUUUCUUAGUAUUCGUAAGAGUAUUGGGGGGUUCUCUGUCUCUUGUUUGUACUUACCACAACAACGUAGCUAAGACCAUUAAGUUAUUCAGAUUCAGACGAGGAAUGAGGAGAAAUUUUAAUAGUAUAAAUAGAAACUUUUGAGGUUUCAUAAUUUCAGUCUCGAGAUAUUUAUGGAGAUGAUAGUGCUACUGCGUUGUCUGAAUUGUUAUUAAUACGACUGAGAGUGUUUUUUCGGGCCCUGAAUCGUGGAUUGAAAUGAAUAUUGAGCACAAGUUGGAGCUGACUGAUAUUACUUUGAAAAUCGAUCAGAGAUGUUGGAUUGUCAUUCACUCGCCAAAUGAUUGAGGAAAUGGCAAGAGUGAUCCAACGUCUGUAAGUGUAAAUAUUGUAAACGAGUUGGUUGUCAAUAAAUGACAUUGAUACAGCUUUUA